AUGCACUCGGCAAAACUCACCAUAGCUCUUAUCAUCAGUGUCACAUGCGGUCUUGUAACAGCUCAAUUCGGAGCUGUUAGUUACAACAACUUCUAUUGCCCCAACAAACCACAUGUUGAAGGUCAUUGCGUCUGGACCCGCUACAAAAAGCCCAAUGUUCCCAAAUCCGGCGUGGACUAUUACAACUUGGAUCCCGCUGUGAAAAUGAAACCGGGAACUUGGAACUGUGGUGUGAACCUUGCGCUGUGUUGUGGCGUCAAUGACUCAGCUAUGUCCGAGGACUCCAAAUGGAUGUGGAAUGAGAUUGGUCGCUUGUGUGAAAAACCACUUUACGCCUAG